CGCGUCUGGGGAUUAAGGGCUGGAGGGAACUGCGCGAUGGAGCUGGAGCGAGCCGGGGAGGAUUCAGACUCGCGAAGCCAGGCCUCCAUCCCUCUGGGGCCCUGAGCUCCCCCGGACAGCUGCGUUCUCUCUGGACUCCGGCCUGACCAGACUUCCUAAACCUGCUUCUGCAAUGGGUGGGUUGUAAGCACUGGUAAUGAGGAGCUGUGGGUCCAGUCAGCCUUGGAGAUGCCGAAGAGACGGGACAUCCUUGCUAUCGUACUCAUUGUGCUGCCCUGGACGCUGCUCAUCACUGUCUGGCAUCAGAGCCCCAUUGCUCCACUGCUCACUGUGCACAAGGAUGACGGGAGCGACCCCAGGCGGGACCCCGGCGCGGACUCCCGGGAGUACUGCAUGUCCGACCGGGACAUCGUGGAGGUGGUGAGGACCGAGUACGUGUACACGCGGCCCCCGCCCUGGUCGGACACGCUGCCCACCAUCCACGUGGUCACCCCCACCUACAGCCGCCCCGUGCAGAAGGCCGAGCUCACGCGGCUGGCCAACACCCUGCUGCACGUGCAGAACCUCCACUGGCUGGUGGUGGAGGACGCCCCGCGCCGCACGCCGCUGACCGCCCGCCUCCUCCGGGACACGGGCCUCAACUACACGCACCUGCACGUGGAGACGCCGCGGAACUACAAGCUGCGCGGGGACGCCCGCGACCCGCGCAUCCCGCGGGGCACCAUGCAGCGCAACCUGGCCCUGCGCUGGCUGCGGGAGACCUUCCCGCGCAACGCCACUCAGCCCGGCGUCGUCUACUUCGCCGACGACGACAACACCUACAGCCUGGAGCUCUUCGAGGAGAUGCGCAGCACAAGGAAGGUGUCCGUGUGGCCCGUGGCCUUUGUGGGGGGCCUUCGCUAUGAAUCCCCGCGGGUGAAUGGCGCGGGGAAAGUCAUUGGAUGGAAGACCGUCUUUGACCCUCACCGGCCAUUUGCCAUUGAUAUGGCCGGCUUCGCGGUCAACCUCCGGCUCAUCCUGCAACGCAGUCAAGCCUACUUCAAGCUUCGGGGAGUCAAGGGCGGCUACCAAGAGAGCAGCCUCCUCCGUGAGCUCGUCACCCUCAAUGACCUGGAGCCCAAGGCUGCCAACUGCACCAAGAUUCUCGUCUGGCACACACGAACAGAGAAGCCGGUGCUGGUGAACGAGGGGAGAAAAGGCUUCACUGACCCCAAUGUGGAGAUCUGACACGGGACCCAGGAGACUCCCUCUCAAAGACCCUGCUCUUGGCCCAAGAGCACCUCUCCCCCCCAGCCGUGGGGGCCCUCAUGGCAGACUCCUGAGCAAUCCCUGUCACCUGUCCUUCCAUCCUGGAGGCUUACAGAGGAAGCCUAAUGGGACACAAGGAAGAAAGAAAAAAUCAUCGAAAGCACAGAAACCCCAGGCUUGUCGUUCUCCUCUGCCCAAGAUGACCGAAAGAUUGAGUGGGAGAUCCUGGGAAGUGGGGAGUCCAGCCGAUGUCAAGCAGGAGCCCUGGGGAGACGGCCCAAUGCCCCUGCAUUUUUCCCGAAGAAUUUCCCAGCCCACACCCAAGCCCGAAGCUGCCACCAAGCUUGUGACCCUGAAUGACUCAGUGUGGGAGCUAGCAGGGGCCACAGGAGGCACCCACGGGGAGAAAAGUGCUCCCUUUCCCUUGGCUCCUUCCACUCCAGCUGGGAUUUAUAACAUUGCACAACACAGGACAGCCAGAGCGUUUCAAAAAUCCAGAAAUGACUGAGAACGUGUGAAAUCUCUCCUCCCUCUGCCCCUUCCUUUCCCCAGCUCCUCUCCUUGUCUCCUUCCUGCGAGUUGCUCCAGAAUCAGACAUACCUCUCUCCGGCCUGGGUGCAUUUCUUUGGUUCAUGUUUACAGAAUUUAUGGCUGUGUUAAACCCUGGCACCUGACUAACCCUGUCCGGGGGGCCUGAUCCUGUUGGCAGGCGCCUACCUCAGGUUGCAGUGGGACUGGCUUUUCUGUUCUGUCCCUUCUCAGAACCAGCACCAGUUGAGACACCACCUCUUGCACUAGGAAGAAAUCAAGCAACCCUGUUCUAAAAUGCUGAACCUGGGUUACAGCAAGGCCCCUUUCCUACAGCCAGCCAGGGUGGGGAAGGGCGUAUGGAAAGGGGAAGGGGCGGAGAUGGUCCAGCAAGGCUGGAAUCCCUUUCCCUGUGUCUCUGAGACUAGUCAGUCAUCCAUCAGGCCUGAGGACAUUAGGAAUACCUGCCCAAAGGUGGGGAGAGGGAAAAGAGAAGGGGGAUGGAAGCAGAGUACAGGUAGAGAUUUCUUCUAGUCGAGCACAGGACAUAGGAUUGGGACGAUGUGGUGUGGCUCUGUGACUGUCACCCACCCCUUCAGUUUUGUGAGCUUCAGAAUAAUAGCAGGGACUGAAGGAAAGCAACCAAGAUAACCUGGAUGCUGAACAGAGAGAGGAGCUGAGCACAGAUGAUAGAUUGGAAAUUAUUUUUUAAAAAACAAAAUGGAGAGAAAAACUUACCUUCUCAUUGAGCCAGGAGCAGCCAGAUCAAGCUCCCUUUAUUUCCAAAAGUCACUGGCCACCUCAUUCCUUCUCCACACCACAGAACAAAACAAAUCUCCUUCCUCCCUUUUCACCCCCUCCAGUUCCAUCAACUACCAUACCUUGGGCUUGUGGUUUUCGGUUUGUAGAACAUAAAGGCUCUCCCCCUGGACUGCUCUGAUAGGACCCUGCCCCAAAUUCUUUCCCUUCUUUCCCAUUCUCCUGGCUGCCCCACCUAUUUUCGUCCAUAAUUUCUCUCUCCCAUUCCCUCCUUCCUUCUCUUUCACUCUCCCCCUUGAAAGCUGGAAGCACAAUUUUCCUCCAUGAUGAAGGAAAAAGAAGGGAUCUUAC